AUGCUCCAACUGAACAAGAGAAGUAUAAAGCGCACAUCGACGCCUGUCUACUACGGCGAUGAUGUCAUCAUCAUCACAGACGAGGAGGGUGUCGAGUGGGAGGAGGAAGAGUAUAUCCGCCGGACACCACGGGAGUGGAUGUGUGAACAGUACAAGAAGCGCGUGGCGAGUAUUAAGCGCAAGAUUGAGAAUGGGAAGAAGAUGGAUGGGCAGUGGCUGGUUAUCUCGUUCAUCCCGAGGCCGGGGUAUAAAUGGGGCCCUUGA